AUGCUGCGGUGCGAAGAGGAAGACGUACUUACGAGAGUGAAAGUGGUGACACUUGCUCGUGUUCUCCUUCCGGAAGCGAUCAAGUUGCACACAGACCGUCUCCUUGUUCAGCCUGUCACGGGCGCUAUGAAAUUCCCGAAGUUGACCAAGGGGAUUUGCAGUCAUUUCACGGUUCCCUCUUCCCACCGUACAGAGGGCGUCUCUGGUGCCGACAUGGUGUUGUACGUUGCUGCUGGUCCCACAGAAGAUUCUGUUGUUGCGUGGGCCAGUGCGUGCGUUGAGUUGCCGGAUGGGCGUCCGGUUGUCGGGGUGAUCAACUUCUCCCCUAGAUUCAUUGGCGGGGAAAGAGAGAUCGUACGGUCGGUUUCUCACGAGAUUGCGCACGCGCUUGGAUUUGGCUACGAGAUGAUUGAGAGGAAGGGAAUGAUAACCAACGUUUCAGGCAUUCGUGGUAAAAACAAUACAUUUGUGGUGUCGUCGGAGAGAACGCGUGCCAAAGCAAGAGAGCACUACGGCUGCAACACCCUCGCGGGCAUGGAGCUGGAAGACGAGGGCGAUGCGGAGACAGCGCACUCCCAUUGGGAAAGACGCAACGCGAAGGACGAGCUGAUGAGUCCUAUUGUUGGCGUUGGUUACUACACAGCGCUGACCAUGUCAGCCUUUGAGGAUAUGGGUGUGUAUCGCGCGCAAUGGGGGAUGGAGGAGCCAAUGAGCUGGGGCCACAAGGCCGGCUGCUCACUGCUGGACGACAAGUGCUUGACAGACGGCGUCACCUCGCACCCGGAUAUGUUCUGCAGAAAACAGACCGACGCAUUGAGCUGCACCUCCGACCGCCGCGCGUUGGGGCACUGUCCGAUUGUGGAGUACGCAGACCCGCUUCCCUUCGAGUUUCAGUACUUCACGGAGCCUAAUGUUGGAGGGAAAGAGGACUUGCUGAUGAAUUUUUGCCCUGUCAUCGUCCCUUUCCUGAAUAGCGACUGUGCCAAUGGUGAGCCCUCGGUAAUGGUGGGCAGUCGUAUUGGACCAAAAUCGGCGUGUCUGAAGAGUGUGGCGCUGCGGAUGGACGGCCAGCGCAUUGGCGAUGUGUGCGCGGAGGUGCUGUGCGGUGAUGGAGCGGUGUAUGUGCGGUACCUUGGCAACGACACGUGGCACUUGUGCCCGGAAGGUGCACACAUCACUCCAGGAACGCCAUUUACGCGCGGCCGCAUCCUGUGCCCGCGACGCAUGGACGUGUGCCCACCAGUGCUGACCCGUAUACGUGAGGAGACACGACUUGAUACGGAUAACUCAUUCGGUAGCGAUGAAAGGGACUCUGGGCAGAAAGCUGCGCUGCGUUGGACGAGAGGAUACGGUAUAGAUGCAAAUGAUAAGCGAACGCAUGUGCCUAAUAAUAUUUCACGGCCUGACACAGCCAUUGUUGCCGCCGCUUUGUUUGCGUCGACUUCGUUCGUCGUGAUUAUAUCCGUAAUGGUGGUGCUAGGCUGA